GACCUAGUAAACGAUACUCAUUACUUUUCAUCGCUCUCUCUUUUUUUUUUUUUUUUUAAAAGAUUUUCAAGGUAACCAAACAAAAAUUCAAGAUACAGCUUUUGGCAUGUACUAAUCCAUAAAUUUUGCCACACAUGUAACAUGUGGCAAACCCUACAAAAAUUUUCUUGUUUUUUAUUUUUUUUAUCUAUUGUAAGAUUUUAGGGGCCAAGAAGACACAAACUUUGGAGCCUUUGUAUACCAAUAACAUAAGCCCAUUUUUCACCCAUUCUUUGGUUAGUUCCUAUAUUUAUUCCAACCAAACCAAUCUUACUACAUUUUUGUUAGGCACCCUUUUAACCAUGAGUUGGUUAUUACCUUGUUUGGUUCUUGUUUUACUAAUUUUUCAAGAACCAUUAUGCACUUGUACAUCAAUUUCUGAUCUUUUUGAAACUUGGUGUCAGCAACAUGGUAAAAAAUAUUCUUCAGAACAAGAAAGGGUGUAUAGAUUUAAGGUGUUUGAAGAAAAUUAUGCUUAUAUUAUAGAGCAUAAUAGUAAGGGGAAUUCCAGUUAUACCCUUGGUCUGAAUGAAUAUUCUGAUCUUACUCAUCAUGAGUUUAGGGAGACUUUCUUGGGGUUGUCAUCUUCUGCUAAUGAUUUCAUUAGGUUGAAACAUGGGGGUUUGGGUUCUGGAACUGAAGCUUGGAGUGAUGUUGGUGAUGUUGAUAUUCCUUCUUCUUUGGAUUGGAGAGAAAAAGGAGCUGUUACUAAUGUCAAAAAUCAAGGGAGUUGUGGUGCUUGCUGGUCAUUCUCUGCCACUGGUGCAAUGGAAGGUAUCAAUAAGAUUGCCACUGGAUCUCUCGUAAGCCUCUCUGAGCAGGAGUUAAUUGAUUGUGACAGAAGUUAUAAUCAAGGCUGUGGUGGUGGAUUGAUGGAUUAUGCUUACCAAUUUGUCAUAAAGAAUGGCGGUAUUGACACAGAAAACGAUUACCCUUUCAGAGAAAGGGAAGGAACAUGCAACAGAAACAAGCUACAAAGACAUGUUGUAACCAUUGAUGGAUAUACUGAUAUUCCUCAAUUUGAUGAGGACAAGCUUCUAAAGGCAGUGGCAACUCAACCUGUGAGUGUUGGGAUAUGCGGCAGUGCAAGAGCAUUUCAAUCAUAUUCAAAGGGAAUAUUCACUGGGCCGUGUUCUACAUCUUUAGAUCAUGCCGUACUGAUUGUGGGGUAUGGUUCCGAAAAUGGACUUGACUACUGGAUUAUAAAAAACUCGUGGGGAACAACCUGGGGAAUAAAUGGUUAUAUGCACAUGUUGCGUAACAGUGGGGAUCGAGAUGGAAUCUGUGGGAUCAAUAAGCUAGCUUCAUAUCCAACUAAGAGUAGCCCAAAUCCACCAACUCCUCCAGCUCCUAGUCCAUCCAAAUGCAGUAUGUUCACCUCAUGUGGUCCAGGUGAAACCUGCUGCUGUGGUUGGAAGGUUCUUGGAGUAUGCUUUUCUUGGAAAUGUUGCGCAUUGGAUUCAGCAGUGUGUUGUAAAGAUGGACGCCACUGUUGCCCACAUGAUUAUCCAAUUUGUGACACAAGGCGGAAUCUUUGUUUAAAGCGUAUGAGCAAUGCUACUAUGGUGCAACAGCCUCAGAAGGAAGCAUUUACUGGGAAAUUUGGAGGUCUUAUUUACCCUUUCUAGGCUUAGGAGCCUGUCCCAACAUCAUUAUCUUAUAGCCAUAUUCAUGAUGUUGUGGAUUUAUGCUAUAUUGGAUAUAUAUCUACCCCUUUGUAUUACAUACUAUUGUUGUUAGAUAAAAUUUUGUACAUGUAAAACUGAUGUCGCUGCUGGUCAGACGAUGAUUCCUACUGUAACUCCUGUAGAACAUUAUUUAGCUUGCAUUGUAAUAGUAUCUCAGACUUAUCAGUUUCCAGAUGGCAACCAUGUUAUCUCCAUGUUACUAUAUUAUUCUGUUAAUUAAUAAAUCAGUAGUCUACCUCAAGGGUGUGAAACUGCUGAUAGUUGGUUUGCUUUU